AGACAACAACUACACCAACGCCUGUAUUGACUGACUACUUGAGCGUUCCUCUGAUUCCACCAAAUGACCAAAUCCACUCUCUAAGGCUCGAUCUCCCUCCCUCCCUCUCAAAAUCAUGAAACUCCCUCUCUUCUAGAACACACACACCCCAAAAUCAAGACUCUUGCUCAGGUCUUAAAAAACUGGAAAAAUGUCUGUCUCCGAGCUCAAAGAACGCCACGCCGUCGCUACGGAGACCGUUAACAACCUCCGUGAUAGGCUUAGACAGAGACGCCUCCAGCUCCUCGAUACCGACGUGGCCAAGUAUUCAGUAGCUCAGGGUCGUUCUCCGGUGAAGUUCGGAGCCACGGAUCUGGUUUGUUGCCGCACUCUUCUAGGACACACCGGGAAGGUUUAUUCUUUGGACUGGACGCCUGAGAGGAACCGGAUCGUAAGUGCAUCUCAAGACGGGAGGUUAAUCGUGUGGAACGCUCUAACGAGUCAGAAGACUCACGCUAUUAAACUCCCUUGCGCCUGGGUGAUGACGUGUGCCUUCUCUCCAAACGGUCAGACGGUCGCCUGUGGUGGGUUAGACAGCGUGUGUUCCAUCUUCAGUCUCAGCUCAACCGCUGACAAGGACGGAACUGUACCGGUCUCGAGGAUCCUCAGUGGUCACAGAGGGUAUGUUUCGUGUUGUCAGUACGUCCCGAAUGAGGAUACUCAUCUUAUCACCAGCUCAGGUGAUCAGACAUGUGUCUUGUGGGAUGUCACUACUGGUCUCAAAACUUCUGUCUUCGGCGGUGAGUUUCAGUCUGGACAUACUGCUGAUGUACUAAGUGUUUCAAUCAGUGGAUCAAACCCGAACUGGUUCGUAUCUGGUUCGUGUGAUACCACUGCGUGUUUGUGGGACACGCGAGCUGCAAGCAGAGCUGUGCGGACGUUUCAUGGGCACCAAGGAGAUGUGAAUACUGUUAAGUUUUUCCCGGAUGGGUAUAGAUUUGGGACUGGAUCAGACGAUGGGACAUGCAGGUUGUAUGAUUUGAGGACUGGUCACCAGCUCCAAGUGUAUCAGGCACAUGGUGAUGGCGGUGGGAAAUUACCUGUGACAUCCAUCGCAUUCUCUGCCUCCGGGAGGCUUCUUUUCGCUGGCUACGCUAACAACAGCACUUGCUAUGUUUGGGAUACUCUCUUGGGAGAGGUUGUGUUGGAUUUGGGGGAACUGCAGGAUUCACACAAGAACCGGAUAAGCUGUUUGGGGAUGUCAGCAGAUGGAAGUGCCUUGUGUACAGGAAGUUGGGAUUCAAAUCUAAAGAUAUGGGCGUUUGGAGGGCACAGGAGAGUGACAUGAAGAAGACAAAACAAACACACCUAAAAGAGUCUUUUGUCUCAGUUCUUGUGGUUUUGGUUUAUAUAUUCUGUAUUGUGGAAGUUGUAUAACCUCUUACCCUUGUGGAAAAUAGUGGAGUUGUGUUAGAAAGGAUCAAACAGUUAACCUUGUUUUAGUGUGCUUUAGAUUUAUUUAUUCUUCAUUUACCUUUACUAAACCUGUGUCACUGUAUCUUCUAAAUUUGUACUAUAUUUCUGAAUUUGUUACUUAAAAUUAUUAUGAGAAAAUUUGAAGUAUAUCAA